AUGAGGUCCUUUUUAGUCAUCUUUGGCGCUCUCUAUCUUGCUGGCGCAACUGUCGACAACGCGUUGAAAGGAUGCCCGCCGGCAAUGAACAGCUUGAGCAAGCACACUUUGGUUGCGAAGAAUGGAGCCGUGAAUCAAGAAGCCUUCAGAAUGUUGAUGACGACCCCGUUGUGUAAUACUUGUAGAAACGUAAUGGAGGAUAUCAAGCGUUUUAUAGGAAUAAUGGAAGCCACCGAAGCGGCUGUUGAAGAAGCAUACAAUGUGAGUUUUGCAACAAGGCAAUAAGGUUAUAAAAAUACCUUUAGAAAGAAUGCGAGGCAACUUUUGGAUUUUUGAUGUAUUGGCCAUGCAAACUAGUCUUUGAACCACUCAAUAAGCUCAUCGUGGACACAAUAAUUGAUAUAAAUGAUAAAAAUAACAUCACUUACGUCUGUGAGACCAUCCUUUUGUGCUAAUUAUAAGUUUAUAUUCAUAUACAUUUACGUCUAUUAAAUUUGCCGGAUACUAAUCGUAAGGUUUAUUUGUUGUUCAAAGGGAAAGCUAUUGCAUCUGGAAAUGUAUGCUUUGAUCAAAUUGACAUAGGUAUGUGAAUAGCUUGAGCAAGCACGCUUUGGUUAUGAAGAAUGGAACCGUGAAUCAAAAGGCCUUCAAUACGUUUAAAGUUCUUCUUCUUUCUAACGCCAUCCUUUUGUGCAAAGCGCGAGCUAGGAUUCUCGCAUAUAUCUUAGAAAAAAUUGGGGCUAAGGUAGUACAGCCCCCCAGUCCAGUUUAGCCCCCCAUGACCCAGUACAACCCCCCUCGUCCAUUCUCAACCCCAAAAUUUAUUUCAAAGAAUUAAUCCAAGUUUUAUGGUCCAGCACAAGCCCCCUACGUUUUAGAUGAAGCCCCCUCCGUUUUAGAAAAAGCCCCCUACGUUUUAGGCCAAGUCCCGUACGUUUUAGAUCAAACCCCCACUUACAUUUUUUUUAUUAUUCUAAUUUGUUCAUUAUGUGGGGUGUGAAACGGGCAAAACAGUGGGGGUUUGAACUACCUUUCGUGGGGGGCUCAACUACCGAAGCCCCAAAAAAUUAUUCUAAAUGUGCCAAGUUUCAUCAAAAUCUGAGCGUCGCACUUGGAGUACUUCCCCUGUAAGUCAAAAGAGGUUUGGAGAGCAGAUGCCUUAAUACAUAAAUACUACGGGACCGGCGGGGGUUUGAACCAAGAUUGCGAAGUUAGGACGUUGCGAGGCAAGUCUUCUGAAAAAUAAAGUUCAUAUAUCUUUCUCAAACACGUUCUCGGACUUUUGGAAUCUUCUCAAAACUGUCUUAAGCGGACGAAUCAAACCCUCCGCUGGAUAGGUUCAACUCUUCUAUGUCUUACUAUUAGGCUACUGUGUAUUUAUCAGCUGUCGAGACCGAAAAUCCAAAAAUGCCUACUGCACUCUUGAAAAAGUCAUAUUCAGCCUAAUCACUAAAUUGCACUUUCACAGUCCAGGCGAUAGUGAUGCCCUUACUUUUACAAACUCGACCAGUCAGUUUCGUAUCAGUUAUCGGGCAUGGUUUUCGGUUGGAAUCAUCGCAAAAUGCAUCUGGCGUACACAUAAAAAUUUACAGUAAGAUUGAGCACGGAGCGAAAUUAAAGGAGAACGUGUUUUUAGAUUGGCAAGAUUAGAUUUUUUGAAGCUCUUCUGGCUUUAACCAAAAAAUUUCACGUUCGGAAUAAUUAAAAUUUUCCGCAAAGGCUUGAAUAAUAAUAUUAAAGAAUCAAUGUAUGCAGUCAAGUUUAAUAAACAUUUUUUUACAAAUUUGAAUUCCAAUAAAGCUCUUAGUUUUCCAUAAAAACUUUAAUAAAAAGCAAAAAGUGGCAAUAAACGCCUCGAAUGUUUCUGAAAUUUAUUAAAAAAUUACCAUUAUUUCUGACUAUAUAAACACUGGUCAAGAUUACAAAGAUAUCAGUUUUGGAAAUGAGGUCCUUUUUAGUCGUCUUCGGUGCUCUCUAUCUUGCUGGCGCAACUGUCGACAACGCGUUGAAGAGAUGCCCGCCGGCAAUGAACAGCAAGCACACUUUGGUUAUGAAGAAUGGAACCGUGAAUCAAGAAGCCUUCAGAAUGUUGCUGAGCACCCCGUUGUGUGGUGUUUGUAAAGACGUAAUGGAGGAAUUAAAGCGUGCAAUAGGCAAAAUAGAAAACGACGAAGAGGCUGUUGAAGAAGCAUUCGACGUGAGUUUUGCAAUAGGGUUGUAAAAAUAAAAAUACUUUUAGAGAGAAUGCGAGGCAACUUUUGGAAUUUUGUUGUUUUGGCCGUGCAAGCUAGCAUUUGAACCACUCAAUAGACUCAUCGUGAAGUUGUUGGUGGAAGCCAAAGAUAAAAACAACAUUACUUACAUCUGCGAUACCAUCAAUAUUUGCUAA